CAUUUUAUUUUGGCUGGCAGCUUCUCUUUGCAUGUCCAAAUCUGAUCAGGGUAAAUCUGUAGGUGCUUGAAAAUGCAUUUCAAUUUUUGAUGUUGGAGUGCACUUUCUGGAAAUAAAUAGCCUUUUUGCUCUGUUGUCUGGUUAUGUUAAGACGACAGGCGCGCAGGUUCAGGUGGCAGGAGACAUGCUGCCGGACUCUACGGAGAGGGCUGUCACAAUCUCUGGCACGCCGCAGGCCAUCACUCAGUGUGUACGACACAUCUGCUCCAUCAUGCUGGAGUCUCCUCCAAAAGGAGCAACUAUUCCCUACCGUCCAAAGGCCAUACCUGCUGGAGCCCAUGCAGUAUUAGCACAGCAGCACUCUGCACAAGCUUUUGCACUUCCUGGGCCGUAUGCUUUUGCGCAUCAAGAUUUGACCAAGCUUCACCAGUUGGCUAUGCAGCAUAUCCCCCUCCCUUCCCUUGGGCAGAGCAACCCUACCUUCCCUGGAUUGGAAGCUUCUGUCCCUACAAGUUCACAGGAGCUGGCAAUACCUAAUGAUUUUAUUGGCUGCAUAAUUGGAAGACAAGGCAGCAAGAUCAAUGAAAUCCGCCAGGUCUCUGGAGCCCACAUCAAAAUUGCCAGUGCCACUGAUGGCUCAGCCAUGCGCCAAGUCACGAUCACAGGAUCACCGGCAAGCAUCAGCGUGGCCCAGUACCUCAUCAGUGCCAGUUUAGAGAUGGCUAAAUACACCAUGCAGGCUGCGUCUUCUGGGACCCCAAUUGACCUCAACAUGAGCUACUCACAGUCCGUUCCCACCGCAUCCAACGCUGCUACCUCUAUUGCCGUACUGGCGGCCACCGCCCAGGCCCCCGCCGGCAUUAAUGUCCACGCUCCCUCCACUUUACCAACCAUUCAAACCCCACACUACUCUGUCCCUGUUUCCAGUCUGCUUGGCAUGAAAACAUUCCCCGUACUGGCUGUCCACCCAGCAGCUGCUACUAGCCUAACACAGGGUCUAGCCCAUUACACUGCAAAAAUACCCACCUCAGGUGUCAAAAAGUCUGAGCGGCAGAAGUUUGCUCCAUAUUGAAUCCACCUUUCAUGCCCAAGUCAGUUUACUUGUCUGAUAUCAUUACUGAAAUGGAUAACAAACCUUGCUUACACAUGUACGCAAGCUUUACCAAUGUACCAAUGUUUCCAUGAAUCAGGAGUGUAGAGGUAUCAUUAUUGAAGUAGGCAAAAGAGGUGGGUAUUAACUCAGUAUUUCAUUGCAUAAUAUGCAAUGUGUUAACUCAGGCUUGCAUUUGAACCCUAGAAAUAAAACACUUUUCUAAUGGUUUCAUGUCGAAGAGCUUUAUCUGAAGAGUUGUUUUCUUGAUAUGCAAAUGUUUACAUAGUUUUCUAUCUGUGUACCUAGAUCCUUUUUUGAUAGAAAAUUCCAUUUUUGUAGGCUGCAGGCUGGUAAAGGAUUUGUCUUGUUUAAAGUAGUGGGGCGUGUUUAGUCAAAUUAAUAAGGUUUGCUCCAUUUUUCUGUCAUAUUUCCUUCCACUAUAGGCUUUCAUCAGGGCUAACAGGCUUGGGUGUUCUGUAGUAGCAUUGCGCUGUUGCAGUUCUGAUGGGAUUAUCCUAAAGCCACAUUGGAUUCUACUGGAAUUCACUCUGCACAGUAAUCCUGUAGAGCAGGACUGGUCCAAACAACUCAUUUAUUGUUUCUGCUUGGUUAUUGUUCACUUCCCACACAAAUCAUUAACUAUUUCUGUCACAAACUGACAGCAGCACAGUCAUUGUAAUACAUGUUUGUACU